AUGAAAAACCUUUUGUAAUUGUUAAAAAUUAUAGAUAAAAUAACAAGAAGCUAAAAAAGAAUAAGUAAAAUUGAAAUAAGUGCCAAAACAAAAGGAACUAUCUAAAAAAAUUUUAAAAUCUAAAAAAAUUCAUCUAACCCAAAAACUUUCACAAUCAUCAUAACCAAUAGCCUAAAAUCUAGAUCUAAAUCUAUUUUCUAAACUUUUGUAAUAAAAUUAACAACAAUAACUAAUAUUUUAAUAAUUUUUCAAAAAUCCAUUAAUCAAUUAAGUUACUAUGUAAGAUGA